AUGGGACCCGUCGACGUGACUCCAGCGAUCGCCGAUAAACUUUCAAAUACGGUAUACAGCAAUAUAAAAAUCGCGACUCCGGCUAAAUUCAAAGUAGCUGAUCCAGUACGCGUCAGCAAGUUUAAGAUGAUCUUCGAGAAAGGCUUCACACCUAACUGGACCACCAAAAUUUUUCGAAUAGCCAAGAUACAACGAACUAAUCCCGUAACGUAUUUGCUGAAGGAUUCGCGCGGCGAACCGAUCGCCGGAGGAUUUUACGAGCACGAGUUGCUGCGCGUCAACGAUCCCAACAUGUAUUUCGUGGAAAAGGUGCUGCGCCGAAGAGGCAACGAAGUUUACGUGAAAUGGCUGGGAAUGGACGAGUCGCACAAUUCUUGGAUAAAUAAAACAGCGGUAUUAUGA